ACGCGUUCGCAGUUUGUAGACAAACCUAAUGGAUAUUUAUUGUUGUGGCUGGGAAAAUCGGGAAUUAUUGGCGAUUUAUUAGUUUUUUUUUUUUUUUCUGGUGAUUAGGAAUGAUGAGCUAUUGAGUGAUUGUACGAAAGACUUUAACGAGAUAGCUGAAAAUGUGGAGCGCCGUGGCGCCGGACGAAGCUCGAAGCGCGGCGCCGUCGGCCAGAUCAAAACACAGUGCAACCGUUUUGGGCGAACAUGUUUAUGUAUUGGGAGGACGCAAUGGAAAUUUACCCUUGAAGGAUUUUUGGAAAUACAAUUUGGUUACUGGAAAGUGGUAUCACCUAAAACCAACAGGAGACCAAUUGCCAUGUUUACAAGAACACACGGCCGUAGCCUACAAAGACAAUAUAUUUGUUUUUGGGGGUGAAGUAAGUUUUUCUUCUAGCACAGAAACUCCCCUUUGGGUGUACGAUGUCAAAGGAAAUAGCUGGAAAAAGGUCAAGACGAAAAAAGGUGUAGCCACACCAAAAGGUCGACGAGGCCACACUUCCUUGGUGCACAAUGGAUCAAUGCUGAUUUAUGGUGGUUAUCAGGAUUUACGAGGCUCUUGCGGAGAAUUAUGGGCAUUUCAUUUUGACACGGAAUCGUGGCAUCUUGUUUCGGUGCCUCCAAACAAGCCCAGCGAUCAAUUUCCCUUCCCCAGGCAUAAACAUUCUGCCGUUGUUCAUGGAGAAGCGAUGUGGAUUUACGGAGGAAUGACCGACUUAAAUGAACGCGGCGACCUUUGGAAAUGGGAUUUUUAUACAAAAACAUGGACGAAUAUCAAAAGUAAAUUGAACCCAGGCCCCCUUCAUAGCCACGCUUGCUGCAAAAUGCCUUCUUCCAUGAUUAUUUUUGGCGGAGAACGAAACGGCCAGAGCUCUAAUGAUCUUUGGAAAUUCAAUUUUGAUAUCGAAUCGUGGGAAAAAAUUAUAAUAUCGGGCCUCAAACCUCAACCAAGAUCAGAAAGCCGAGCCUUGAUAGUAUCCGAAUUACUACUGAAAGGCUCUUCAAAAAUGUCUUUAGAAGCAAAAUCUGUUAAAAUCAGAGCUAGAACAGCCAAUUCUGCCGACAGAGGAAACAGACAUUCUUCGUAUCUUCCAAAUAAUAGAGUUGCUCCUUGCGAGAAUACUUAUAUUUUCGAACCGACUCAGAUAAAUUAUAAUGAUGGUAGUAAUCUUGCCCAACAAUACUCCGAACCAUAUAACAGAGCUUCCAAAGGUAGUUUUUUACAAGAAAUAUCAAAAUUUUCUCAAUUAAAUAUUUCAAGAAUGAACAAUAAAUGUAACUAUACGAUUUUGGCUAAAGGCACUACCACAGACAGUACCGAAAGUUUGCUGAAACAACAUGCAAGUCCGCAGCAGGAAAUUAAUACUACUUUGAUUGAACCAGAAGUUACGGCUACGCCUUCUAGAGGAACAAUGGUAAAAUCCAAAUCAGCCUUCGUAAUAAAAAAGAAAUACUCGGAAAGCUCACAGUCUUCCGAAGAAGAAGGAGCAGAAGAAGAGGUAAAAGCAACCACCAGGAAGAAGAGGGUCGAGUUUGACAGUACAGUAAAAAAAAUACCUCGCGAGCCAAUAUCUGUGCCAAAUUUUAGUGUAUUGAAUUUACACACUCCAGUAUUAACCCCUGUAGAAGCUUCUAAGCUAGUUUAUUUGACUGACGAAGAGACCGAUAUUGAAUCUAAAGUGCCUAGGGAUAGAUCUAUAACAGAAGUGCAAUCUGCAGACGAAUCAGACGGGUACGAGAAUCUGCAACCCUUAAAACGGGGUGACAGUUACAGCUCACACUUAGGAUACGCCGAUAACCCGCUCUACCAUGAAAUGCUCCAGAAAAAAUCCGAGGAAAAUGUAUCUUCAACUUCGGAUUAUUGCAGCAUAGAAACUGUAAAUAGGUUAUCUUCUGCUAGUAGUUAUAGCGUUAAAACUAACACCCCUCAAGAAGAAGUUUUAAAGAAUAAAGAUAAUAUUAAAGAGGGGAUGUUCGGUUUUUGUAAUCCAAAUUACAUGGGUCCAGCGGUGAAGUCAAUGCUGACAAGUGAAGAGAAGCAAACAGUGAGAAAAAUGCUUUCGGCUGAACAACCAGGCUCAAAAGAUCCCGACGAAGAAGUUUUAGAAUUGCUUAGCUAUGAUGGUGUUUUAGAUAAAAAUACUAAAGUAGUUUACAGACAUUCCAGUAGAUCAGUAAGACCUUGGAACCUUCCCCUUAACAAAAAUGUCAAACGUGGUGGAAUCAACCAAGUCAGAGCUCACAGCGCUGGCAGAACGGAUGCGAAAAAGCAAGAGAAGAAAACCCAAGAUUUCCAAGUUGAGCGUAUAGACCCUUUCGUACCUUUGUAUGUUUACAUUAUUGGAGGUAAAGAGCAGGGUCAUGUCACGGUAUUUCAAAGGCCGUUAUCAAUUUGGAGGUUAAAGUUAUUUUAAAAGAUAAUGUUCAAAAUAGGAAAAAGGAAAAUUCCGCUAGUUCAAAAAAAAUGUGCCAAUUACUUAGUCCUAGUGCUAGCGUACAUUAGAUUUCUAUUUUUAGCGAUUGGAAAUUUUGCUCAGAUUAGUUUAAUCGUUUUUUAGCUGGAACAGUAUUCCACUAAUACCAAAGACCUCGUUAGAAAAAAAAAUUAGCUUGAAAUGCAUUCGAUCAAUCAGUUAGGCCUCUGUAACGAAAUUAGCGCACUGGUUUCGAAAUGGCAACACACAGAAAGACUGUUCGUUUUACGUAAUUGGCCUCCGUCUUGCUCGUGCACAUCAAAUCUGUAAAUGGCUACCAACCAAGAUUUGCCCUUGGAAUCAGAUGCCAACUAUUCAUCAUCAAAUCUUGGUCAGCUUAGUACCUUCAACCGGAAUAGAAGCUUUCGAUGGGCCUGAGAAAUAUUUCAAUACUGCUACUGUAGCAACAGUUUGUAGGUGUUACUUAUAUUUGUCGAAUCAUCUGCGCAAUACAUUGUGUUCUGCAAAAAGUGAGACUUGCAGCCAUUGUGUAAACAGGGACAAUUUUACAAAGUAAUUCCGAGUAAGAUGAAGUCAAAGGCUUCUUCAGCUUCACUCGUUCCGUCUGUCAAAACUUCUAGAUGCUGUUCCAGAAAGUUUAAGUAGGUGUGUCAUUAAAGUUGAAAUUGUUGCUGAUGCUUGAGUUGUUGCAGGAAGUUCUGAAUUAUAUAUUCCUCUCAUUUGUAAAUAUACCAGUAGGUAUUCAUCGUGAAUACACAAAUUUGCGACUAACAGUAGGUAGGUACUUUAAUUCAUGGGAAUGCCAGGAAGAACUCAGAGCCCUGGCAUCCCAAAAUAAGGUAAACCUUAUGUGGGUGCCAGGACACGAAAAAGUUGACGAACUCGCAAAGAGAGGAUCAGGGACGAAACUUAUCUGGCCAGAGCCGACUUUAGGGAUAGCAAACAGUAUGACCAGAAGCUACAUCAAAGACUGGAUUCUUAAAAGCAGGGUCGGAUUAAGGUCUUUUGGGGCCCGGGUAUAUUUUCACAAAAGGGGCCCCUAGGCCCCUGAAAUAAAUUCAAACAAAACUUUACCUUGCAGGUGCAUUUAUUACAGUGACUUUAUACAAGACAGUGGCGACAGUGGGUUGUCUCAUUUUUGAUUGGUUCUCAGAAUUACGUAGUUCAUCCGCCAUGUUUUGACAAAAGGAAUUUGUUUUUAUCAUUUAAUCCUAUGGAGUUUUAUGCAAUUUUGUUUUGACAAAACAUGGCGGGUGGGCCUUAAAGUGCUGUAGCUUUUAUGCGGAUAGUGCGUCAUCUAUCAAUAAUUAUACCAGCUACUCAAUAAUAAUAUUAGAGGGCAGUGUUGUGUUUGAUAUAAUUGAUAGAUAAUAGAUGGCGAAAUCGAAAUUGUAAAAUUAUAUGCAUGAUUUCUUCCCUGUGUGAGGUGGUGUUUUGGGGCCCCCUCAUUUCGGGGCCCGGGGCUUUAGCCCCCAAAGCCCCCCCUUAAUCCGGCCCUGCUUAAAGGACAUCGACACUACUGGACACAUUCUAGGCAGAAUUAUGGUAAGGAAUUCAUCGACCAGCCAUGCAGAAACUGGACCGCAGAAGUGCUACAAAUGACUAGAAGCGGACUAAGUACUUCAAAGGCCCUUAUGACAAACCACACACCGGUAGGUAUAGGUCCACCUGAACAGAAUGAACCUGUAUGGCGGAGACCAUAACUGCAAUGAGGAACCCGAGACAGCCAGACACAUCCUGGUAAACUGCGAGGCACUGGAUCGCAGAAGACAACAUUUUCUUCGAGCAACCAAACGUAGUCCUGGAAACUUGGCAUAAUAAGCCUUCUCAGGCUUCAGUGCUACAUUAGGAAAAUAAGUCGAACAGGCCUGAGCCUGAUCUCAGAUGAUCAAACUGAAAGAUUUCAUGGUAUUACAUAUAAAAACUAUUUAUCUUGUUUCAAAAUGAAUAAACCUAAAACACAAUCAUGAGAAGUUUUCUUAGAAGAUACGCUUCACUCAAUCCGUGCUUUAUUGUAUUCCACUUUUUUGUAUCCCUCAUGCACCCAUGCAAGAAAAUCUACAGGUAUUUUCAUAAAGAAAAACUCGGCAUUUCAAAAAAACAACAUCUCGUCAAAAAAGUAAAGGCAAACCCUGAGUAUGCCCUGGUACAAUUCAUAACCUCAGUUUCGUUACAGAUGCAUUAAUUGGAUAUAGUUACUAUCGGCCACCAAGCCGACCCAGCGAUAACAUUUUUGUGUGUCUAUUGAUCCAAUUUUGUUCUAUAUCCCUUGGUAUCACCUGAGAAAUGCACUAAUUACAUAAAUUAUGCCUAAUACUUGUACAGCAAAGCUCACAAACCUGAAGUUCCUUAAACUCUUUUGCAAAUAUUUCUUCACGCAAAUAUUGUAUGUAACGUUUUGCUAAAUGUAGGUUUUUUUUUUGUACUUAGUACAAUAUCCCAUUAAGCUAGAAAAUACGCUAGUAUUAAAACUGAAACCCCCAAAAUAAAAUCAAAGACUAAUUAAAAGUAGAUAGUUUGUACUUUUGUAGCUAGUUGGACUUAAAAGGCUGCUAGCGGUUUAGUUUAAAUGUAUUUUAAAUUUAUAGAUCAAUGAGAUCAAAAAAGUGAAACUUCGUCCAUCAAAAUUCCGUUCCGUUCGUGUAUUUUAGAUUUGUAAGAAUUGUCAGUUUUUUUUUUCAGUGAUUUUGCCAGAAAAGAUAGAUUUUUUUGUAAGUAAUUUUUUGUCUUUAUCAUAUUGAUCAUAUUCAAGCAUUUAGACAAAAAACAUCCCUAUCUCAGACGGACUUGAUAUAAGGAUGAUAUUGAGAAAAAGGGGAAAUCUAGCGUCACAGUCUCACAAAUUAUGUAGAAAAAGAAGUAUCAGACCUAAAAUGAAAUAAAUAUACCCUCACACGAAUUCAACAGUUAAAAUCUUGAAACAAGCAAAGAACAUAAUAACAUACUGUAAUUUUGAAAAUUUGGAUGUUUCUGGUUUAACUUUUCACGAAAAUUUUUGUCUUUGUUAAUGCUGCUAAGCUAGAAAUUGAUCAACACUAUAAGGACUAAAAUUCCAUCAACUUUUUUUUUUUUGUCCUUUAUUGACGUUACUUUGUACGAUUCCAAGUUCAAAGAUGAGAUUCUGUCAUUUGGUAAAGCUGUUUUUCCGGAGAUUAUGUGUAAAGCUUCAUAAUAUCAAGAUUACACAGAGGUGAACCAUGAUUUCUGACAUUCCCACUCAGUAUAGAUUUACUUUAGAAGUUUCAAACAUUUUUUUCAUAUCAGUUUUAUGAGCCUAACUGAUUCAAUUGACCAGGAAGUUGAUUGAAUAUAUUGUAAGACUGUGACUUUGAGUUUCCCGUUUUACCCAAUCUCGGAGGAUUUUGAAAAUUUGUUUUAAUCCUUUCACAUUCAAGAUUGUUCCGUUGAAUGUUAGAGUUUUGUUAUAUGUAUUAUUGUCCUUUUGAAAUUAUGACGCACUGACCAAAGGCGUUGAAAUAAUAUUUACAAUAAAAUAUUUUCUACAACUUCUAUACCUUGACAAGCAUUUGAAAACGGCGUCUCAAAAAUAGCACAAAUUUAGACAAGUAACCAAUUUUUAUAUACAGGGUAUAUAUUUUAAGUGAUACCACUAUUGCUAUAUACGAAACGGUAAGAGCUACAAGGUCGGUUAAAUUAGGAAAAAGUUGCCUUUCUUGAUGCCCAUUUAAGUCUCGUUUACAGUUUUGCCAAAUUAUUUUUAGUUUAUGAAAUACAGGGUGAUUUCUUAAAAACGCCAAAAACUAUUUCAUCAAUUAUUUCAAAAACUAUCGAUAUUCGAGACACAAUUUAAAUUUGAAAGUUUUAUAAUUUUUUUCGCCCUACAACAUGGCAUCUUCAAAUUUUAAAUCCGACGCAUCGUGAUCGAGCUUCCAUCAUCAACUUCAUUUUUUUUAAUACGGACCUGGUUUUUUAUAUCAUUUUUACAAAGGGAAUAAAAGGCACUUUCUAAAAAUGACAUAAAAAAUCCAGGUCCGUAAUUAAAAAAAUGAAGUUGAUGAUGGUUGCUCGAUUACGAAACAUUGGAUUUGAAAUUUGAUGACACCAUGUUGUAGAGCGAGAAAAAUUAAAAAACUUUCAAAUUUAAAUUGUUUCUCGAAAAUCAAUAGUAUUCAAAAUAAUUGAUGAAAUAGUUUUGGGCGUUUCUUAGAAAUCACCCUGUAUUUCAUAAACUAAAAAGAAUUUGGCAAAACUGUAAACGAGUCUUAAAUGGGCAUCAAAAAAGGCAACUUUUUCCUAAUUUAACCGACCUUGUAGCUCUUACCGUUUCGGAUAUAGCAAUAGUCGUAUCACUUAAAAUAUAUACCCUGUAUAAUUAUUUUCUAUUUUCGUAAACGUCGACCUAUUUGGUUCCUUUUGGUUCUCAGGUAUUAAUUGUUAAUUAUUUUGAACAUCGUUUAUAUUUGAGAUUUGUGCAAUAUUAUCAUAUCAUUUUAUUAUUAGAUUGUUGUUUUUUUUUGCUUUGUUAAACUUUGAUCUUUUAUGUAAAAAAAUGUGUUGUGUCUUAACAUUGUUGUUUUGUGAAGACAAUUUUUAUAUUUGUGUUGUGUUUCAAAUUAAUUGAAAAUACACACAUCAAAAUAGUCUAGGGAACAAGAUGCAACUAAAUACAUUUAUAAAUUGAACAAAAUAUAUUUUUAAAAGAUUUUUAAAUUUUGUUAAAGCCUGCUGGAAAAGCCGAUAUGAUAAAUUUUACAAGAUUUGUUCAACAAAUACCCGUAUGGUAUCUUUUAAAAAAAAGUUAUUCUGUCUAAAAAUUAAAAGACGAAUAUUUCUUGUUCCCUAGACUUUUUUGAUGAGUGUAUAUAACAGAGAAGAGAAACUAGAGAGUUUCCUAGUUAGUAGAGCUACCCAACUACAACAAUAAAAAAAUGUUUUUGAGUGAAACAAAUUCUAGCGAAAUUAUUAACAAAGAAUUUUAAAAAUUUUGAAUGCUCAUUUAGGACUCUCGAUUUAUUUCAGAUGUUGCUCAAUAUUUAAAAACUGGACUUUACUUUAUUUCUUCUCUGAGAUAAGUUCAUAUUAGUUAUUUCAUUGAAAGCAAAUCUUAACCAAACCAGUGGCAGAAGAUUCAAAAAUUAGGUAAUAAGGUUUUAAAAUGUUAGAAAGUUUAUUUUUUUAAAACCGUAUCUUAUUAUAGAUGAUUUGCUGUACCAUCUUACGUGUAGGUAUUCACUAUUUAGUAAAUAAAAGUUGUAGUGUAGAAUAAUAA